AUGUCAGUUAGUCCUGGUCAAGGUGCUAAUGGGGCUAAAUCAGUCCAGUCUCCAGAGAGAGCAGCUCUGGUACCUUUUGGGAAUGGGGUUGCUCAGGAUGUGGGUGCCCAGUUUUACAAACCUGGUUACAAUGGCCUCUCAGCCCAGUAUCUCUUUCCUUUCCAACCUCUGAAAGGGGAAUAUGGCCGCUCUGAGUCACCUGUAGGAGACUGUGCAGCGGUUUCCCACUCAAGUUAUUGGUAUCCCUUCCCUGGUGCUGAGCCAGUACCAACCCAUCGAGCUGGCCACCAAAGCCAACUGGCAGCAGCUGGAGGAUACAUCAACCGGCCGGAGGUUAAAACCGAGAAGGAGAGCAGAGGUUACCCCCAGGAGGUGAGGUACAGUUCGCCCAGUGGCCCGGGUCCUUCCUACCCUCCCCGAUGGAGCAGCCCGUUUUGGCAGCCGGCCCUGGCCGCAUCCAGUAGCAAUUCAAGCCCCGGCUCCUCCUCGUCCUCGGGGCCGCUUCCCAGUCAGAACUAUGGGCCCUUCCCUUCACCCCCCCAGGUGUAUCCUAGCCCUUCCCAGCACAGAGACAGCAGUCAACCUCUCCAACCCAACACUGGUUCCACCGGCACGGCCAGCGAGGAAGGUCAAUCCAGCGACAGCGAGGAGGAGUACCCCACCAAGGAGAAAAUGGAACAGUUUGCUAAAGAACUUAAGCACAAGAGAAUUACGCUUGGCUUCACACAAGCUGAUGUUGGAUUAGCUUUGGGGAAUCUCUAUGGGAAGAUGUUCAGUCAGACCACUAUCUGCAGGUUUGAAGCUCUCCAGUUGAGUUUCAAAAACAUGUGCAAAUUGAAGCCAAUACUUCAGCGCUGGCUGAAUGAUGCAGAGAAUAAUGGCAGCCUGCCUGAGAUCUGUAAUGUAGAGCAGGUUCUGGAUCAGUCCAGGAAACGGAAGAGGAGAACUAGCAUUGAGAACGGCGUGAAGAGGAACUUGGAGACUUACUUCAUGAAGUGUCCUAAGCCCACAAGUGAGGAGAUCUCCCAGAUUGCUGAAGAUCUCUGCUUAGACAAAGAGGUGAUCAGAGUUUGGUUCUGCAAUAGGCGACAGAAAGGGAAGAGGAUGACUCUGCCAUGUAUGGAAGAAAAUGAUGUACAGAUUCCUGAGGGGAGUCCACUCCACAUGUCUCCUGGUUCUCUCAUGUUACCUGAGCCCACAGUAACCCAAGGAUACAGUGCACCUAUGGUCCCACCUCCCAUGUACAUGCCACCCUUCCCUCAAGCUCUGCACCCCGCUGUCUCCAUGGGCAAUCACCCCAGUUAG